AUGGACCAGAUUUGUAACGAAUUGUUGGAAUUGAUCUUCCUAAGGUCGAGCCCAAACACUCUAAAAAACCUCCGCGUCGUCUGCAAACAGUGGGGGUCGAUCAUCGAUGAUCCAAUCUUUAUAAAAAAUUACGAAAGGCGGCCCAUAAACAGACCUCGCCUCCUACUAGGCUUCUGGGCCCAUGAUAAUCGCUAUGAGAAGCGCGACUUAUGGUCCGGUGCUCGAGAAGAUCGUCAGCUGCAUUUCUGCGCGUCGACCCCGAUGUUCCUUCACCCUUCCAAUACUGCCUUCUUCUCGCCCCGUGGUUUACAUGCUCCUCUCGAAUUCGCGUCCCGUCAGCCUCGCGAUGUUCAAGUUAGCUACUAUUGCGUCGAGGGUUUGAUAAGCCACGGAUCCAAAAUCCAAAACCCUAGCUUAGGGUGGUCCGUCGAUAUACCGCGAAUCGACUCGGAAUAUGGACGCGUAUUGGGAUUCGAUCCAAUAAACGAGCAGUACAAGCUACUUGCCUUGAGGAGGGUGGGUAUAGGAUCCAACGGUGGAGGCUACCAAGUCCUCACCGUGGGGGAAGCUUCGGAUAAAUGGCGAAUCAUCGAGUCAGAGUCCACCCCGGAGUUUCCGAUGACAAAUAGUAUUUGUAUUGAUGGGUUCGUCUAUUACAUCACACUCUCGUACUCGACUCAGACGUGUUCACUGGUUAGAUUCGAUGUGUCAAAGGAGAAAGUUGACAUCUUUAAGAUGAAAGACGGGCCUUCUGCCGAUCUUGUUCGUGAUUGGGACUAUCCACCUUCACCCAAUAGAUUUUUAGUUGCUCCUCUCCUCCUCGAUUUGAAAGGCAAACUAAGCGUAGUCAUAAAUAAUAGGAUGUUUUGUGUUUGGGUUUUAGAGGACCCUACCAUUCAGUCCUGGUCAGAGUUCACUUUCUCACUUCCCCGCGGGUUGUACUACCAUGCACGAACAGCAAAUGUGGGGGCUUCAUGCGUCGACAAAAAUACUGGCGAGAUCAUCUUGAUCGCAGAAGGACAUGGUUGGUACAAGCACAUGGUAUUCGUUAACCUCGAAACUAAUGCCGUUAGAAGCACUCGGAUCAUGGAUGAGUUUUCUUUGGACAAUGAGUCAUUUGCCAUUAGAGACUAUAAAGAAUGUCUUUUUGGGUGGCGUGGCCGCUUGAACUAGACCAAAGCGUGGCCAUUUGUGCAGAUUUAAAUAACAAGCCUUAUUUGAGAAAAUUAUUAAUCUACAUUAUAGUAAAUAAAUGGAUGUGCUAUUUUUAUUUUAUAUAUAUAUAUGGUGGGUUGUUGUUA